CAUCGUCAAAGGGGCGCAGCCGGUUGGGCGGACUGACGCGGCGAGCCUACGCCUGCAUACUAUAGCAGCAGCGGCGAGGGCAGCGAGGUAGGAGGUUGGGAGGUCGUGGCGUCGGCGGCUGCUUGGGAGGUGGUAUGUAGUAUCCGGUGCGGACCUGCCACGGACGGUGCUUUUUUGGCUCAAAAAGCCGAUUUUUGAGUUUUGCGAUGGAGCCGGCGUCGACGUCAGUCCUGCGCAACCCGAGCCUCGUGCACGAGGUAGCCUCGUACCAGCACGGUCUGCGAUGGGCAGUGGCCCGCCACUUGCGCGCCGCCCGGCCUCGGCCAACGAGCACCGUCCAGCAGCAGCUCUGCCUCCGCAGCAGCCGCGACACCCACUACGCCUUCCACCAGCUCAUCGCGGACGGCCACCUCGUCGGCGUCAGUGACCUGCUUCCGUACUUUGACAGCGACCGCGCCAUGGACGUCGCGGCUAUCUGGGGCCAGCUGGCCGUGCUCAUGUACUUGCACUUGCGCGGCCACGCCGGCUGCACGACGCGGACGAUGGACUACGCAGCAGCCUACGGCCACGUCGCCUGCCUCGCUUUCCUGAGCGCCCACCGAGACGAAGGCUGCUCCCAGCAAGCGCUCACGUACGCGGCGGCCGGCGGCCACGUCGAGUGCGUCGAGUUUCUCUUGUCGCAUCCGCCGUCGCCGCGCUGGGUCUAUCUGCGUCAGGCCGAAGCCAUAGCGAGACGCCACCAGCACUGGCCCGUCGUCACCAUCCUGGAGCGACUCUCAACCUCGCCUGUCUCCAAGAAGCACUGGUACCAAGUGCUUCUUUUGAGCAAUCCGUAGUUGUUAUUGAGAAUAAGAUUCCAAAGCCGAUCGAAUAGUACUUGUCAGACAUUGGUCUGAGAAGAUCUAAGCCUGCAAAUCCAACCGGAAAGGUUGAACCGC